AUGCACAGGUACAAUGCCCAUUACUUGACUGAAUCUGAGAUCCUGUACCCCGCUGGUGGUGUCAUUGUGAUUCAUAAUCAUCUCCAGAAGAAACAAAAGUUUAUCAGACUCCAAGAUAAACACAAACCUAUCAAAUCUUUGGUUCUUGCACCAAAUAGACGAUGGCUCGCAUUAAACGAGAUAGCCGAGGAAGGUCAAAAGCCUAUAAUCACAAUUUACGACUUAACCACUUACAAACGUCGAAAGAUUUUGACCGUCCCCUUCGAAAACUCGCAAGCGAGAGAAUUCGCUUGUAUACAGUUUACCUACGACUCGAAAUAUCUCGUAGCUAUUACGGGAGAACCAGACUGGUACUUGUAUUAUUACAACUGGGACAAGGGUAAGGUUGAGAGCCACGCUAAAGCGCAAAAUCCUAGCGGUCAAGGCAUCGUUUCGAGCGUGCAAUGUAACCCCACGGAUGCUACUUUAGUAGUCAUAACUGGACCAUACACGUUCCGCAUAAUGAACGUUUCCGAAACAGUCUGGAGACAAUGGGGAUGGUGCAAGGCUGAAAACAUCAACAUAACUAGCUGCAUGUGGUUGACGCCGGACCGCAUCAUGUUCGGUACGGAGCACGGAAUGAUCAUGAUGGUAGAAAAUGGCGAACUCCGACAGAACUGCAUAUUUCGAGCAACUGAAGUUAUGGAAAUGUCGCUAAAGAAGGUAGAGGCAGAACAAGAGCAACAAGAAGACAGAGUGAGCACUUCAAGUAAGCAAGACUCUGCUAGUAGUACUGACAAAGAUGAAGAAGAAAGCUAUCCCGUAACAUGCUUUGUGAACUUUGCCAAAGGUAAUUUCAGAAAGAAAUAUAAUAUUUUGUUUCUUAAAUACCUCGGAGAAUAUCCUUUAAUGUUAUCGACUGUUUUUAUAGGAUUUGUUUUCGGUUGUGGCCCAGGCUACGUUCACAUGUUUGAAAAAGAAACGCUUCAUCAUUGGAGAAAGAGAAACGUUUUUAGAAUUUCUAAAAAAUCUUACAAGUGCGUAUCUAUAUUCUUUCAUACCAUCCAAUUUAAUUUUUAGUCUAUAUA